UUCAGACGGAUGCUGAAGAGAGCGAGAGCGCGCGCACGUGCGCGUCCCUCACGACGUCACGCCAGCUGCAUCAUCUAUCCGUGCGCUCCGUCUCCAAGCUCUCCUCCGUGUCCCUGCUCUCCUCUCUCCAACAAAACACUCCUCGCCUCCGCGAACCUUGUGUUUUCUCGUGGAAAUGGCCGCGCAGGAGGUGGACGCGCAGCCAAGCGACACUCUGACGACGCUCAAAACCGAGUCCGAGACGCUGAAGACGAAGCUGGAGGAGGAGAGAGCCAAACUGCACGAUGUCGAGCUACAUCAAGUGGCGGAGAAGAUUGAGGCGUUGGGUCAGUUUGUCAUGAAGACCAGACGAACUCUGAAAGGCCAUGGAAAUAAAGUCUUGUGUAUGGACUGGUGUAAAGACAAGAGGAGAAUCGUCAGCUCAUCUCAGGAUGGAAAGGUGAUUGUAUGGGAUGCGUUUACAACAAAUAAGGAGCAUGCAGUGACUAUGCCCUGUACGUGGGUCAUGGCCUGUGCUUACGCCCCCUCUGGAUGUGCAGUGGCUUGUGGUGGGCUGGACAAUAAGUGCUCUGUGUACCCUCUAUCCCUGGACAAGAACGAAAACCUUGCCGCCAAGAAGAAAUCAGUGGCCAUGCACACCAACUACCUGUCUGCAUGCUGCUUUACAAACUCAGAUAUGCAGAUCCUGACGUCUAGCGGUGACGGCACGUGUGCUCUUUGGGAUGUGGAGAGCGGUCAGAUGCUGCAGAGUUUCCAUGGACACGCGGCUGAUGUUUUGUGUCUGGACCUUGCCCCCUCUGAGACCGGAAACACAUUUGUGUCAGGGGGCUGCGAUAAGAAGGCCUGCGUGUGGGACUUGCGCACGGGACAGUGUGUCCAGUCUUUUGAGACUCAUGAAUCAGACAUCAACAGCGUGCGGUACUAUCCAAGCGGAGAUGCUUUCGCUUCAGGCUCAGAUGAUGCCACUUGUCGUCUCUAUGACUUGAGGGCAGACAGAGAGGUGGCCAUUUAUUCCAAAGAGAGCAUCAUAUUUGGAGCUUCUAGUGUGGAUUUCUCCCUCAGCGGGAGACUGCUGUUUGGUGGUUACAAUGACUACACAAUCAACGUAUGGGACGUUUUAAAGGGCACCCGCGUGUCCAUCUUGUUCGGACAUGAGAACAGAGUUAGCACCCUCCGCGUCUCUCCGGACGGAACAGCGUUCUGUUCGGGAUCUUGGGAUCACACAUUACGGAUCUGGGCCUGAAUGUUGCCUGAACCUCUUUCUCACUUUUAUCGGCGCGGCUGGAAUCGAGGAAACCGCAGACUCUAAUAGUGUGUUGAGUGCAGUAGAGUAUAUGAUACGGACAGACUGUAGUGCAUCCACUUCCAGUUCUAUUCGACACGGUCACUCCGUUUGCCCGUGCUUGGUAUUAUGGGAUGGCCUUGGAUGGUUUCUAUGGCAGCAACUCCCGUUCUGUUCUAGUUUGUGUGUAUGAACGUGUGUGAACACAUUCCAACUUUGAUCCAAGAAAUAAUUUAUCUUAAACAUUAAUCUAAAAAAUACAAAUGUAUUCCAUGUUGUUUAGGUCUGUGCAUGAGGUCGAGGGUCAACAAAGAUUAUUAACCAGAGUGAGGACUUGAAUCAUUGUUAACGAGCGAAACAGGAAAGAUUGUUUAGCGGACACUAUAUCUGAUAUGCAAGAUAACAGAUUUAGUUAUACUCUCUUACUCAUAAUGGUCAUUUAAUUAUUAUGCCACUAUAGUUGUUCUUUCUUACUGUAGCAAAGUGUAUAUACCAUAAUAUCAUAUAGGUUGUCAUAUGGACACAGAUAUCAAUAUACAUAAACUAAAUAAAUGGAUUUUAAACACUGAAA